AUGCAUGCCGCGUCGCGGACUUACUUUUUGACCAGUCAAACUUUUGGCCUCCGUGGAGCGCGAAUAGCGGGGUUGGCGCGAAUAUUUGCGUAUAAAAGGAGCGCGUUGGGAGCGUUUUGCCGUUUCUCUCGGACGUGGGACCUUCGCCCUUCGCCUUCGCUCGUUGCCGCACGUCUUCUUCGGUUGGCGCACGUCUUCUUUGGUUGCCGCACGUCUUCUCUGGGUGCCGCACGUCUUCCGCAAUUGCCGCACGUCUUCCGCAAUCGCCGCACGUCUUCAGCUGCUGCCGCACGUCUUUUUUUGCGUGCCGCACGUCAUCAGUGGUUGCCUCUCGUCUUCUUCAUGUGCCGCACGUCUUCGUCAGCGUUUCUGGAGCCGCUGGCACAACUCUUCCUUCGUAGUCGCCUUGGCGUCACCGACUACCUCGCCACUGUUGCCGGCCUGCUGUCAACGUUUUUUUUGAAGCGUUCCACGUCUUCUAAAGGACGGAAGUCAACGAAGCGUUGUCAGGUACCCGGUAGCAGUGGAAAGUGAUCGCGCCUCUCAUGAGCAACUUUUUGUUUGAAACUUCUGAUUAUCAAAGUUUCAAGGAAAUUCUUACUGUUUGUGUUAUUUUCUCUUGUAUUCGUUCGCUUCCAACUGAUUCAAAAAUUUUUUUUCAGAGCAGGGUCAUCUUUGGUUGCGUUGAAAUGAUUGUCGUCCCCCACGAAGAGGGGGCGACAAUUAUUUAAGUGAGUUUUCAAUUUUUUCGUAUUUUUUGAACAAAUUUUGCAAGCGUUUUUUUUAGUUAGAUGUGGAAAAUCGCAAAAAGAAAAUUUUUAUUUGGGUCAAUCCUACCGAACUGACUUUUUGAAAAAGAUCAAAAAUCCUAUGUUUUGGCCAAAUACAAAAUCAUCAAUAAUUAACAAAUUGCCAAGCGAAGUUUUUCGUGUGAGUUACAAAAUUUCCAUUUGAUGUGCACAACUAUAACAGUGUUUUCAAUCUUUUCGGCCAUAUGUAGACUCGUUUAAAAUAGUUUUUUUUUCAAAUUUUUUUCAAUCACAAAUUGCAAAAAUUUCAGGAUAGAUGAUAAACUUUCGUGUUAUUUUUUCUCGUUUUCGUUCGCUUUCUACUGAUUUACAAAAAAAGUUUUUUAGAGUCGGGUCAUGGUUGGUUGCGUUGGAAUAGUUGUCGCCCCCCACGAAGCAGGGGGCGACAAUUAUUUAAGUGAGUUUUCAAUUUUUAUUUUGUUUUUUUCAAAACAAAAUUUAAAAAGAAAAAGCUUUUUUUAGAACUUUGAAAAAAACAUUUUGUUGCAAAAGAUUGAAAAAUCUCGGAAAGCAAACAUUUACUUAGUCAUAUUGAGCUGACUUUUUACGGAAUCAUUGACUUUUUACGGAAUCAUUAUUUAUAGAUGAAUUUCAGCACUUAAAGAAAGAAGGAGCUUGUCGAUUUCGCAGCCGAGUAAAAAAAUAAAUUAAUCUUCGUGUGAGUUUUGAAUCUUCCAAUUGAUAGACAUAAUUGCAACAUUUUCAGAAUUUAUAAGACACCUAUUCAGGAAAAACCAAGUUCUUUCGACCGUGGGAGACAUUGCCGCAGGUAACAAAGUUCAAAGUUAAAACUCAAGUCUCUUUUUAGAUCCUUACUUAGCGGCAAUUCCUGGGUGUUCGCGAAUAGCGGAGGAGUGGUGAUGCGGGUAAAUUGAAAAAUUCUCAAGCAUUGGUGAAUUUCUUUUUUACAGACAAAAUGGGAGGGUCGCGAACAGUCCGCAUCUAUAGCCACUACUCCUGGAAAAACUUGCCUAUGA